GAUUAAAAACCGUGUUUUUUGGCUUGGGUUGUUUAAUUGUCUGUGUGAUAACGUGGGUUUCUGUGAUUUCUCGUUCCCCAACACCAGCCCAGUGGCCUCUGGCUCGCCUGGCUCUCGUAGUGUGGAGGCGGGGGCUGUGGCUGCCUCAGGUGGGCUUUAGGUGCCUGACCAGGGGGUCUCCUCCCUAGUCACUCGCCCGGGACUCAGUGACCACUUGUACAAGUAGUACCUGCUCUAGCGUUUCUUAUCUCUUCUGGGAGAGCUUGCUCUGUUCUGUUCACCCGCAAGCUCUCUCCUCGCUAACUGCCAACAUGUGAGGAGCAGAAGGGAUUGGAGCUGAUGGCCCAGGAGACUCCAUCAGAGACUUUCCCCGCAGACUGGCACUACAUAUUGUGGUGCAGAAACGAGCAGCUGCUGUCAGGCUGAGUCUCUGACUGCAAGCAGUGGGAAUUGAGUGCUGAAGUUUUGGAUCUGCAGGAUAUGCCAGCUCAGGUGGCCUCCACAAAUUACAACAGGGGAUUCAAUCUGGAUCCUUUUUUUCCCAAAGACCCUGCUGCUGUUGAGAUACCAGGCUGAAGGGAAGGGGCAGCAACCUGCCAACAAUUGCAGCUCCUGGAUACAAAUUGACAUUUUCCUUUCCAUCUGGUGAGAGGAACAGGGAAGGAAGCUCUUUGUCCAUCCCCAAGGUGCUCUCAUCCCAUCAGAUUUCCAUUCACAGCCUCUUUUGUGGAAUUAUUUGAGCUGUGGAUUGGAACGACAAGUAAUCUCCCUACAGAGGGAAAACAGCUCUCAGUUGCAGCAAGGAGUUACUGUUAUGGAGUUCUACAUGUGAAGUGCCAGUAGAAUGAAAUUUGAUGCUUCUUUGGCUGAUGGCUCUACAGUGGAAUCCAGUUCCUGCUGAGUCCCUAAACACUAGUCUAUUCAAAAAAGGACAAUUAAUAGCCUCAUUUGCAAAGCCAUUAGUGAACCAAAAUGCUGUUUGCAAAGCAUGGGAUGUUUGUUCUGCUGAAAAGUCUAUAAAGUUUUGAUGAGCAACAGUUUAUUAAUAGAUAAGUAGUGCAACAGUCUGAAUCUAUGGAUUUGAGUCUGGAUUAUUACACAAGAAACUGGUCAUUGUUUUGAAGUUUCUGCUGAUUCCAGAUAACAUACUGACUCUGGACCACCCCAGCUAAAAAGGAAAAUAAGAAGCUUUGAAAAUACAUUCCCGUACUUCACCUAAGAAGCUGGAAGUUUGAAGUCAUGGCUGCAAAACCGAGACUUUACUACUUUGAUGGAAGAGGCAAGAUGGAGUCAAUUCGCUGGUUGUUGGCUGCAGCUGGGGUCGAGUUUGAAGAAGAGUUUUUGGAAACCAAAGAGCAGUAUGAGAAGCUCCUGAAAGGAGGAUCUCUGAUGUUCCAGCAAGUGCCCAUGGUGGAGAUCGAUGGGAUGAAGAUGGUGCAGACCAGAGCCAUCCUCAACUACAUAGCAGCAAAGUACAACCUCUAUGGGAAGGACCUGAAGGAGAGAGCCCUGAUUGAUAUGUAUGUUGGAGGAACUGAGGACCUUAUGGGCUUCAUUUUGAUGUUCCCCUUUUUAUCGUCUGAGGAUAAAGAGAAACAACAUGCUGUUAUAGUUCAAAAGGCAACAAGCAGGUAUUUCCCAGCAUAUGAAAAGGUUCUGAAAGACCACGGGCAGGACUUUCUUGUCGGCAACAAUUUUAGCUGGGCAGAUGUUCAUCUUCUUGAGGCCAUUUUAAUGGUGGAAGAGAAGAAGUCCGAUGUGCUCUCAGGCUUUCCUCAGUUACAGGCAUUUAAAGCAAGGAUAAGCAGCAUCCCCACAAUCAAGAAAUUUCUAGAGCCAGGAAGCCAGAGAAAACCUGUUCCUGAUGAUAAGUACGUGGAGACUGUGAGGAGAGUUCUCUGCAUGUAUUACGACGUGAAGGCGAAUUAGCAUGCCUGGCUAAAGCAGCCCCUGGGCUGCGGUUGACACAACUGCCAUGCUGCUCUUCUACAAUUACACUGCAGAAGGAACGGAAAGGAGUGUCAAAGGGCAGUAUGUCCUGUUCUCUCAUCCAGAAUGCCGUAGGGAGGACGCUUGUAGAACACUUUGCUGCUAGCCUAGUUUUUUUCCCUUCCUUCUUGCAGGGAUUUUUCUGGUAGUUUUAAGCGAGUGAAAUGGCAGCAAACAUGCUGUCACCUUGGAGACUGCUCAGAAGAGUGACAAAGGAACAAAUGUGAGUUGAUGACUGACAGUUCCAGCACAUUCUGCUACUUCUAUGGACUUUCUUCUGAGAUCUAGGUCAGACUUUUGUAUGAUGGUUGCUUAGAAUUCUGGUUUUUUGUGGUUUUGGUAUCAUUGAAAGUAAAUGAAACGAGUUUUUUUUAAAGAAA